AUGACGUCCAUCAAUACUCUCCCUUCAUCACUCAUGGAAAGCGAAUUCUUGACUGUGUCAACUCCAAUCAACGCCACAUCUGCGACAUCAGGGCUCCUGCCAUCAUCCUCCGUACCGUUUCAGUUGUCCCACUCUACCCCAGGAGUGAGCACAUUUACACCUACACCAUCCAUUGGUUCAGCAACUACGGCGAAGUUGUAUAAUUCGUCAACAAUUUUUCCAACUACGAGCCCGUCAACAACUUCAACACUUCCAGUUCUUUCAACCAUCACAGCCCUACCUACCAACGCAAUUUUGGUUCCCUAUCCUGUCAGCGAUGUCACUCACACCACACCAUUCUACAUUACUACUACUUCAUCCGGUAGUGACUCGCCUACGAUUGUGCCAGGCGACCAAGGCGGUGGUGGUGAAGGUGGUGGUGGCGAAGGAGAUGGCAACGACGACGAGAAGGAUCCUAAAUCCACCAAAGAUGAAAAGGCAUCGUCAGCGGAGUCGACCGCAACGUCGACUUCAACUUCAUCUUGUACUACCACCCUGACGGCAACACACCAUAGUAUCUUUUGUUCUGUCACCGUCACUCAAGGUUGCAGCGUCACUCCGGCAGCGUCAACUGUGAGGGCGACAUCAACGGUGACAUUCAGUUAUCCCGAACCAACCUGUGACCCUGAAGUAUGUGGUGGCGACGCUUGUCUUUUAGAGUUGCAGACAAGAUCGCCAGAGACCCUUCAAGAUUUGGAAAAACGUGGCAUUCCAUCCUGGGGAGGAUGGCCCGACCCAGAAGACUAUGAUGACCCGUCCAAAUUUAUCGGCCACCAACUACAACGCAUCUCGCGUUUCCGCCCUGACCCUGAGUUCGAGGUCGGCUAUGACCCCCAGAUCGUGAGGCAUGGCCAGUCCCAUUACGUGGGGGCCGCCCACAGUGGCAUGACUACAGCGAAUCAUGUUCUCUUCCAAUCACAGGUCACCGCACUUGCAGUUGAAGGCCUUUAUGGGUGUACGGCGAUAGUGGUAGUCUCUCAACGUGGUGCGUGGGCCUGCCACAUCUGGGAGAGAGACAUGACGAAUCCGGAAUUCUUUCAGAAUAAAGUACUGAUGGACUUACACUACGGACUCGAAGACAGCCACUCAGCGAAGCAGUAUUUCAGGUACGGACUGGACGAUCUCAUCGGUUCACCAUCGCUAGGGCCCGCGGGUGUCAUGUUUGGUGACAUUGACGAGGAGGAUGAGGAAAGUGAAGACGCAACGUUGAAAACGGCCAAGGAACUUAACACGCGUGCGUUUAUAAUCACCCCUCGCGCGAGAUUCUUGCGAAUGAGAGGUCACGUCGUAGCCCCCGAGUCAGAGUUUAUGAACGACAUGAACCUCAUGCAGGGCACGAGACUCAACGGCGACCAUGUCGAGGAGCUCGCGGAUAUGCUGUCAGAUACCUACGGCGGCAUUCCUGUAGAAGUGGUUGGAUAUUCACCGCUGCCGGUACCGAACGAGAUGUAUAUUAGACACAGCAUGCUUGUGCAGCAGAGAAUAGCCGAGAACAGGGCGGAAACGCUGCAAGAAAGGAAUCGAAGGUUGUCGGAGGUCUAUCGAUAUCAGACGUUGAGCCAGUCGGGGACGCCACGAGGAAAGCUGCUCCUUCAGUACCAGCCGGCGCAGACGUGUGAAGAUAAAGCAACCUGGCGGCUUUGGAUCGAGAAUCGCGGGGUCGAUGGCCGAACUGAUCAGUGGAUACCGGCACCCGACCAGGUCUUCGUACCCUCAGGUUCCGUUCAGCUCCCGGGAUCGCAACCGCAGCCAGAGUUGCCUCAGACAUCAGCCACGGUGUAA